AGCACCUUUGCGAGCUCCCGAGGGGCAUCACAUGCAAUCGAGAAGCGUGCAGAGUCCCCAACCAUGUCUAGAUCCUUCUACGUGGAUUCGCUCAUCGUCAAGGACACCCGACCGAGCGAACACCCGGCGGCCGUGACGGCGACGGCGCACGACAUCCUGCUGCCCAUCAGCGUGCACACGCCGGGCGUGGUGCCGGCGUGCCCGUCCAGGAAGAGCGGCGCGUUCUGCGUGUGCCCGCUGUGCGUCACCACGCACCUCCACGCGACCAGGAGCGGCGCGCCGGGCCUCAAGAGCCACUUCGCGACGGGCGUGAGCGCGGAGGCGGCGCAGUACUGCCACCGGCUCGCCCACCACCAGCACCAAUCCGCAGCCCUGGCACACCCGGGACAUGCACCUGUUUGCACGGCGUCCGUUUUUAGCGACCCGCGGAGGUACCACUGCAUCUCCAUGGGCACCUCGGAGGGCAGCCACAUCCAGAACGGAAAGCGCAUGCGCACAGCUUUCACCAGCACGCAGCUGCUGGAGCUGGAGCGCGAGUUCUCCUGCAACAUGUACCUGUCCCGCCUGCGCCGCAUCGAGAUAGCCACCUACCUGAGCCUAUCUGAGAAGCAGGUGAAGAUCUGGUUCCAGAACCGCCGCGUCAAGCACAAGAAGGAAGGCAAGGCGGCGCAGAGGACUUCCCACGUCGGAGGUGCCAGCGGCGGCGGGUGCAAGUGCUCGGGCGCGCGAUACCCUCGCUCCGAAGAUGAGGAGUCCCUCUCGCCCGCUUCGACCUCAGAGGAGAAGGACGGGGCGCUCGUCAUGUGACUGCUGACGGUUUGGUGACACCUCCACCUGCAUGAAAACUGUUGAAGAGGAAAACUUUUUGUGAAUGCACGUUUUGAAGAAAAUAACUUUUCCUAUCGCAGGGUUCUCAAACUGGGGUGUCCAAACAAUCCCUCCAUCUUACAUUAGCUGUUGGCCAAUCAAAACCUCGGAUUCAAUUGGACCAAUCGGACAGUGGUGCAAGAAUAAAGUUUCAAAUAAAAUAAGAUGGCUCUGAAGCACUAAAUGAAACUCAACAAAUUUCUUGGGCACUUAAAGGCCACAACAUGGCAUCAAAGCACUACUUUUAUCAAGAAUAAAACUCCUCAACUCACUUUCAUGGAGUUGCAUUAAGAUGGUGCCAAAGCACUACUUUUUGUCAAACCAAAACUCUUCAAUUCACUUCCACAUGGACCCAAAAAGUUUGAGAACCCGUCCUACGGCCUCGUGGCCCGGAAGUCUUCCACUUUGGCCCUUCACUGUGAGUGUGUGUUGCUUAGAAGCAAUAUCAAAUAGCAUAUAGGACAACCUGUGUGUGGAACCUGUAAGCAACAUGUGUUUGCAAGCUAUGUGUAUAUGAUGUGAUGAUAUGAUGUGUAUUUAUUACAAUAAACAAUUUAAUUUCAA